AUGCAAGAGCUUCUCGAAGGCCAAUCACAAAUCGCGCCCGCUGGUUUGCAGCCUUUCGUGCUUGGCGCACAAGCUGAAGGCCGAAUCAGUCUGGCUGUGGCUACAAUAGUCCUCGGCAAACUCUUGAGCUUUGGUGCUCCCAAUUAUCGCUAUGCACUAGGUACUGUCACCUGGCUACGUCGCGAUGAUACAGCAGGAGAAGGCAUGCGGGCAGCAAGACUGAUCUGGCCAGAGCUGGAAGUAUUUUCUCCCGGGCUUAUCGAUACUGGCGCAUACCUCGUCUACUUACCGAGCAGUUCGAUUCAACUCCUUACUCGACUACAUCCGGGCUCGGUGUACGACAGCGCAGCAUCGCUUCUCGUGUUUCCUCAGGGCGUUCCGUUUGGUCGCAAUAUACGCUUCGACAUUGGGAUGCAUACUUUCGAACUGAGACUCGAAGACAUACUCAUACCCUGCCCUCGUACGCCCACAGCCGGUCAGCGUUGCACGUUCUUCAGGAAGUCACCCUUACGAGUCGCAAUAUAUGGCAAUGCGCUUCUCAGACGAUUGUGUAUCUAUCUCGACUACACGCAUGACAUGAUCGGAUUCGCAGCCGUCCGGAGUGAUGAUGCCGACUAUUAA